AUGGACCAAACGGCGCAACUGCUCGUCACGGCCAACCAGAUAUAUGCCAGAGCGAACGAGACGAGCAGCGAUGCCGACCAACAGACUCGCCCACCUACUUACAAGGUCAUUGGUAUCUCCUUGGCAAUUGCUUCUGGCUGCUUUAUCGGAGUGUCAUUUGUGUUGAAGAAGGUCGGCUUAUUAAAAGCAAACGAAAAAUACAAUGAAGUCGCUGGCGAAGGUUAUGGCUAUCUUAAAAAUGCAUACUGGUGGACUGGUAUGACUCUGAUGAUCACAGGCGAGAUCUGCAAUUUCGCCGCUUACGCCUUUACCGAUGCAAUCUUGGUCACGUCCUUGGGAGCUUUAUCGGUUGUUAUCACCGCCAUUCUCUCGGCCAUAUUCUUGAAAGAGAGACUCAGCAUGGUCGGCAAGGUUGCCUGCUUUCUGUGCAUAGUUGGAUCCGUCGUCAUCGUCUUGAAUGCCCCGACAGAAUCAUCCGUGGCAAAUAUCCAGGAGCUGCAGAAGUUUGUCGUCACCCCGGGCUUUCUGAGUUAUACCGGUGUUAUCAUUGUCGGGGCACUGUUCGUUGCGUUUUGGGUUGGGCCACGAUACGGCAAGAAGAACAUGUUCCCUUACAUCUCAGUCUGCAGCUGGAUCGGUGGGCUGAGUGUUGUCGCUACUCAAGGCCUAGGCGCCGCUAUUGUCGCCCAAGCCGGCGGCACUCCCCAAUUUAACCAAUGGUUUUUAUAUGUUGUUCUCGUCUUUGUUAUAGCCACGCUACUGACGGAAAUCAUUUAUUUGAACAAAGCGCUCAAUUUGUUUAAUGCGGCCAUGGUCACUCCGACGUAUUAUGUCUAUUUUACCAGUACAACUAUCAUAACGUCAGCUGUCCUUUUCCAGGGGUUCAAGGGCACUGCUAUGCAAAUUGUUACGGUUGUCAUGGGAUUUCUUACGAUUUGCGCAGGUGUUGUUUUGCUUCAGUUGUCUAAAUCCGCGAAAGACGUACCGGAUUCUGCCGUCUUUGCUGGGGACUUGGAUCAAAUCCACACAAUUGCCGAACAAGAGCAACCCGAAACAGAACCCAAAGCCGAUGCUAUUCGUGGGACUGCCGCCAUUGUACGACGAAUUUCUCAAGCGCGGAUGAGAAUGGAACAAGAAGAAUUCCGACGGCUCCGCGAAGAAAAGGAAAUGGAACGUCUUGCGCCGGUCAGUGAAGAUGGCCAACAGCUGUAUGAAUGGGACGGAUUGAGACGAAGGAGAACCACAAUAGCCUCGAGUUUUAGAAGUCGUUCAGUGGCGUCACCAAGCCCCGUCAACACUCCGGCACACCCGCCCCUAGGCAGGUCAAGAUUUCCAACCCCAGAGGAGUUGGAGGAAGAUCGCAAUCGCCCGAUGUCUCCAAGUAUACUUUCAAGUAUAGCUGGAACAAUUCGAAGUCGAACAAGGAGCGUUUUGCUCCCUGGGCAUCCCGAUUUUCAUCAAGAGCAAAAUCCUCGUGCUCAAAGCCCGAUACAUCCGAUGCAAUUAACUGAUAUUGCCGUACCUGGCCAAAAGUACGGAAACGAAGCCAGUCCGUAUGGCACCAGCCGAGACCAUGUUUACGGUCUGCCAGACGGCCUACGGAAGCCUGGGCAUAGCGGUGCCGGUAGCAUGUCAUCUACUAGUGCUAGACGGCAUAUUCAGUUCAUGGACACACCGAAGCCAAGCGCUAGUGUCACCUCUCUGGCCCCGCCAACACCACCACCUCACGGAGAGGUUCACUCAGCACGUCGGCAGUUCUCGUUCCAAAAUGUGUUUCGUCGGCAUCAAGCUGACAAUACACAGGAACAAGCGCUACCGCCGUCGAGGAACCCGCCGUCUCACCAUAGGAUAGGGUCACGGCACUCGGAUCGCCAGACCCAAGUGAAGAAUGCAACCGAGGAGGAGAGACUGGGCCUGGUUAAGGGUGAUUCCCAUACAUUGCCAGCGCAACCUCCCUACGACAAUGACGAUGACGAUGACGAUGAAAGCGACGACGAUAUAUACUCGGACGAUAAAAGAGCAGAGCGGUACGGCAGAGGCAUAACGCAUAGUCCGCCUAGGGGGGAAGCCUAUGACAAGGAGACCGAGUACGAAGACUACGACUCAAGUCGAGGGGGUUGGAAUGGGGGCCGUAGUGAAAGUAGGGAUUCGACACCUCGUAGUUCGCCGCCGCGGCCCCCAGGACGAGCCCCACCCCGUGGUGGUGGAGAUGGGGCUUUCAUCUAA